AUGGCACCCCCUAUCCCAUCUACAAUUGAGAGAAGAGGGAGGAGGAAGCAACAAGAGCCAGGGAGGUUCCUGGGAGUGAGGAGAAGGCCAUGGGGGAGGUAUGCAGCUGAGAUAAGAGACCCCACCACCAAAGAGAGGCAUUGGCUUGGGACCUUUGACACUGCCCAAGAAGCAGCUUUGGCUUAUGAUAGAGCUGCUCUCUCCAUGAAAGGCACCCAAGCUAGAACCAACUUCAUGUACACCUCCAUUGAUCAUCACCACCUCCACCACCACAACCCCUUCCCCUCACUCCACAUUCCCUUCCUCUCCCCUCACUUGCUCCACAACAAAACCUUCACCAUUGCACCACCACCACCACCACCACCACCACAACCAUGUCAUCACCACAACCACCAACUCAUUUUUAGCCCACAACCCAUGCAGCCCACCAGUGAGAGCACACCACCACACAACUCACCAUCACCUGUCCCUGAUGAUCAGCUGAGCUCCUCACUGGAAACUGAGGUGGACUACUUCAUGUUCUCUGAUGAUUCCAGGUCUCAUGGCUACUUAAGCAGCAUACUCCCUGAGAGCAUCUUCAAGUCCUCUGAUGAUGAUCAUCACCAGAAGCACCUCCCCACUUCUUCAGCUGAGGAGAAAACCUGCAGUUCCUAUGAUCAUCUUGAGUUUAACACCCAAAACACCCUUUCUGAUCAUAACAGUGGGUUUUGGGGGGAUCAUGAGCCCUUGUGGGAGUUAAGUAGUAUACCUCAUGGGCUCUCUAAAACAAGCAUUGGUGAUCACUUUAGCAUGGGGGAGAUUAAUGGGUCUCUGUCAUUUCCUCCUCAGGGUUUGGAUCAAGCAUACUCCCCAUCAGAUUGCGUAAUAAGUGAUGCUUUUGAUUUUGGGUACUCACUUUUUGAGAACUCACUGCCAUGA